AUGUCGGAAACAGUGAACAGCUCGAACAGCUCAGUGAUCAGCCAAAACGACUCUGAAUGCGAACCUCUCGUCAUCGGCUGGGACCACGUGAACUUCCUGGUCCAGCCACACACCCUCCACCUAGCGCGAGCAUUCUACUACGGCGUCCUCGGCCUAGAGCCAACACCUGUCCCAGAAUCGAAGAAGGCUCACCUGAUGUGGUUCAACAUCGGCAAUAGUGGUCAGCAAUUACACGUAACAUCAGAACACGACUUCAGCCAAGCACAACUCAAGGCUCAAAGCGAAUCACCGCGACAUCCUUGUUUCAAAGUGCCGUCGCAGGAGAAGCUGGAUAUUCUGCAACGACGGUUGUGGGAACUUUAUGAGGAUGGGGAGGAAGGAGCUCCGAUGCAGUGUGAUAGGCCUGGAGCGGACAAUGGUGGGCAGGGGAAGGAAGGUGAUUUUCCGAAUAGAUUCUUUGCGAGGGAUUAUGCUGGGAAUAGGCUUGAGUUUACGUUGUGA